UGUUUUUACCCGAGCCUCAGUUUCCCUGCCUCUUCACAGGAUGAGUUCCACCCGUUCAUCGAGGCGCUGCUGCCCCACGUGCGCGCCUUCGCCUACACCUGGUUCAACCUGCAGGCGCGGAAGCGCAAGUACUUCAAGAAGCACGAGAAACGCAUGUCCAAGGACGAGGAGCGCGCGGUGAAGGACGAGCUGCUGGGCGAGAAGGCAGAGGUGAAGCAGAAGUGGGCGUCGCGGCUGCUGGCCAAGCUGCGCAAGGACAUCCGGCCCGAGUGCCGCGAAGACUUCGUGCUAGCCGUGACCGGCAAAAAGGCACCCGGCUGCGUGCUGUCCAACCCGGACCAGAAGGGCAAGAUGCGGCGCAUCGACUGCCUGCGCCAGGCCGACAAGGUGUGGCGCCUGGACCUGGUCAUGGUCAUCCUGUUCAAGGGCAUCCCGCUGGAGAGCACGGACGGCGAGCGGCUGGGGAAGGCGGCCGCGUGCGCGCACCCCAUACUGUGCGUGCAGCCGCACCACAUCGGCGUGGCCGUCAAGGAGCUGGACCUGUACCUGGCAUACUUCGUGCGUGAGCGUGAUCUCACGCCUGGCCUGCGCAGAGUACCCUGUGACGUCACCAGCUGUCCUCCUCUAAUCUUGGCAGAUGCAGAGCAGAGCAGCAGCCCUCGGACAGGAGUGGGGUCUGACCAGGAGGACAGCAAGCCCAUCACGCUGGACACCACGGACUUCCAGGAGAGCUUCGUCACGUCCGGCGUGUUCAGUGUCACGGAGCUGAUCCAGGUGUCCCGCAGAGCAAGCGGCACAAGUCGGGCUCCAUGGAGGAGGAUGUGGACACGAGUCCUGGCGGCGACUACUACACCUCGCCCAGCUCGCCCACGAGUAGCAGUCGCAACUGGACGGAGGACAUCGAGGGAGGCAUCUCCUCCCCGGUGAAGAAGACCGAGAUGGACAAAUCUCCCUUCAACAGCCCGUCCCCCCAGGACUCCCCCCGGCUCUCCAGCUUCACACAGCACCACAGGCCCGUCAUUGCAGUGCACAGCGGGAUUGCCAGGAGUCCUCACCCGUCCUCAGCGCUGCACUUCCCUGCCACGUCCAUCCUGCCUCAGACGGCCUCCACCUACUUUCCACACACAGCCAUCCGGUACCCGCCGCAUCUCAACCCCCAGGACCCGCUCAAGGAUCUGGUGUCCCUCGCCUGCGACCCAGCCACCCAGCAGCCUGGACCGUCCUGGUACCUGGGAUAGCCGAGCUCGCCCUCCCACGUCUUCAUUGCCAGGGGAGUCCCAGAGGGGAUGGCCCAAGCCUGCAUUUCCAGUGGAAAAUUAGAAUGAGAGAGAAGCUCCCUGCCGACUCCCAGCAAUUGAAAAGACAGACAGGAGGAAAAAAGGACAAAAACAAACAGGAAAAAAAAAAGACAGAGAAAAACCUUCCCAACCAAGAUGACAAAAGGUGGGAGCUCUGUGGCGCCUGCUGUUGAUUGACAGCUGCCUGCAGCCCUUCUGCGCCCCAAGGACCCUGCCAUCACGCCCAGACCAGGCGAGCCCGGCCUGGCACCCACACCCAGCACCAAGAGAUGGACAGAGUGGACAGAGUGGGCCACCCAGCCGGGCCACCUUUCCCCAGACCUCUGCCGCCAGCCACCAGCGCCGGCCUCGGGAGACCUCCGCUGGCCGUCCCCACCGACGGUGUUUGCCAAAGACAGGAGGCUGGAGGCCGUGCUGGCAGAGGAGGCAGAUAUGCCCCAGUGCCGGCAGCGGAGUCCUGGAGAGCACACACAGCUGCCCAGCGCUGGCCCUGCUGGGGACAGAUGUCCCACAGGUACUUUGGGACCCCUGGGAGGGUCCUGCGUCAGCCUCCGCCUCGGCCCUCUGGCCCCCCUCCUUGCGGACCUCGUUUGAAAGGACAUGUCUCUCUAUGCAAUUUGUCCCCAGCCCCACCCUGGCAUGAGAGGCCACGCAGCUCCCGACCCCCGGCCUCCUCCUCUCGCACAUGGGAAGUUUCAGCACUUUGAGAAACAGGUGGGGAGCCGGGACCCCCCCCACGCCGAGGCCCCCGGAGGCGGGAGGUGCCGCGAUCUAAGUGCCUAACCCCUCCGCCCACCCGCCGACCCCCUUAUCCAUCAGGGACACAGAGUGGCCAAGGCACCCCACCCUUGUCCCCAUGUACCCCAGCUCUUAUUCACCGCACGCAUGCACGCACGCCCUCCAAGCUAGAGAGAGAUGACCCCAGGGAUAAGAGCUGGGUGUCCCCAAACCCAGGCUGAGGUGUGCGCUGUCCCUAUACUUCUGCCAGUGCCUUACUUCCUGGAGACCCACCCUGGGGUGCCUCACUGCAGGGGGAUACCCCCUUUGCACUUUGACCCCCCUGAUGAUGUGGGGCCCGGCACAGGGACCAAGAAGGCUGGUGGAAGUGCUCUCUGACCCCAGGUGGGAGGGCUCUGGGGUGAUGGGGUGACGAGGUGGUGGGUUCCCCCAUCUGCUAUGCGGACUUAACUGACCUAAAAAAAAAAAAAAAAAAAAAAAA